CUAGGACAGCUAGAAUUUACUUAAUAUAAUCACUGUUUUCUGAAACCAAUAAGAAUGUAAAAAAUGCGUUUGAUAGAGCUACUACAUGUUCUAUUUCAUUAAAAUGUAUGUUCCAACCCCUCUUCUCUCCACUCGAUGUCGCUUGGGAUUGAUGUCAUUGGCGGAGGGAUAGCUUGGACAGGGGUUCUGAGACGGACGUUUGUUGAGAGAAAGUGUGAGACAAUUAGGUACGAGAUUUCGUUCGAUGGACAAACUAAAAAGGCGAUUAAAACAUUGAUAGUAGCUGAUAUCGUUUAAGUAAAGUAUCGGGGUCACAGUGAAGACAUUUUUCAAAUUGUCACUUCGUAAAAGGAUACAAAAAUGUCGUCUCCAAGUCCGGGCAAGAGGCGAAUGGAUACCGACGUGGUGAAACUCAUUGAAAGCAAGCAUGAGGUCACCAUCCUUAGUGGACUCAAUGAGUUUGUCGUCAAGUUCCAUGGACCCCAAGGGACUGCGUAUGAGGGCGGAGUGUGGAAGGUGCGGGUGGACCUGCCAGACAAAUAUCCCUUCAAAUCACCGUCUAUAGGAUUCAUGAAUAAAAUAUUCCAUCCCAACAUAGAUGAAGCGUCUGGGACAGUGUGUCUAGACGUCAUCAAUCAGACGUGGACGGCCCUCUACGAUCUCACCAACAUCUUUGAGUCAUUCUUGCCCCAGCUCCUGGCCUACCCCAACCCCAUCGACCCACUCAACGGAGAUGCAGCUGCCAUGUACUUGCACCGGCCAGAGGACUACAAACACAAGAUCAAAGAGUACAUCCAGAAGUAUGCCACAGAGGAGGCUCUAAAGGAGCAGGAGGAAGGGCACUCCUCGUCUGAGAGCUCUAUGUCGGACUUCUCUGAGGACGAGGCCCAGGAUAUGGAGUUGUAGUGAAGGGGGAGUUCCUCCUUCCGUUACAGACUGUUAUUGUUUCCUGACAAGCAGAAGCAGACUAUUAUAAUCAUAUUUAAACAAGCCGAUUUUUUUAUGAUGGGGGGGAAAUGACAAAAAAAACGAGGAUUUUUACCCCUGUGAGAAGCGUUACGCCUGACAAUGCCGCCCUGCUAGGUGGAGUUAGUGUUUAGUUAUCCCCCACCACCAACCUCCUCCGUCAGCACCCCUCUGGUCCUGACAGGAGUGUCCAUCUAUAGAGCAUCCACUCCAGGAUGUUAUUUAUGUCCACGCCCCCAGGACCCUUUACCUUUCUCCAUGCUGGACACACCACAGGAGACACUUGUGGGUCCCUCGUGAGAGAAGGGCAUUAUGGGUAAACAGGAUUGGAACUCGCCAGACAGAGAAAGAAACAAUUCACUCUCCUUCCACCCCAACCUAAACCGCUUUCACUGCGGAGACCCAUUUCUAGGGUUAGGGUUAGACCCAUUUCUAGGAUCUAUGACGCCAUGUCACAUCUUCACUUACUUUCUCCUUCCCAUGUGACAGCAUGGUAAGCUGCCAUGAACAGAACAGAAGAAAGCCACUGGACCAGAUCUACUAAUGCCUGUCCUUCUCUCAUGGUCCCAAGGCCCCCCAGUAUGCAAAGCUGGCCCUUCCCCCUUCCAUAUCCAACCUUGUUUGAACCUGCCCUGUAAACACCCCCUAGAUACGAACAGCAGCACACCCUUGUACUCACCACAUACAGCCACAACGCGUACACCUGCACAUUCACACACACCAUAAUCAUCACUUUCUGCUGAUGUCCAGAAGAACAGAAACAAUCAGGAUCAGAGAAGGAGGGUCCUGUGACAAGACGGAAUGGUAUCAGAUGCUCCUCUGACCAUCCACUCCCCUCCUACUCUUCCUCUCCGUUUUAGGAAAGUGGUAUUACCUGAGAAUCCUUUUGUACAUUGUGGCAUGAUGAUGCAGGUUACUUAUGCUGUAAAAGAAGAUGCAGAGCACCUCUUAGUGUUGGGGGCCCUCUGACUCAGGGAGGGCUCGGAAGGGGUGGCUAACAAGAUCCUUGUUGAAUUGUUGAACUUAUUAACUUUGCCCAUUGCUUGUGUUCUACUAGGUGUUUGACUUGCGUGAGGCUAGCUAGGUUGUCAUAAUAUAUCAUUCUUACCCUUGGAAUCAGCCAGUUAGGAGGCUUAUUGGCCUUUGAGGCUGAAGAGGAUUUUUAUUAUACACCUUGAUUGAAAACCCACCCGCCCGACCUUCAAGACAUGCUGCCCUCCCCUUACUUUACUCGUAUGCAAUGUAACUCUUCAUUGUAAUAGACCAGUGUGUGAUGUAGGGUCUCCAUGGUGUCUAUUCUGUGGUAGACGACCAAAUACAGACAGCAAGCAUGAUCAUCUGAUGGUGCUAGCCCGUCUACCUGGCAGGACUCGGUCUCCCAGAAUCCUUUAUUAGAAGGAAAUAUGUGGACUAUGCCUGUUCUGAGAUCUGGAAGCCUAGUUAAGAUUUGAGUCCCCAAUGAAUGCGUGCACAGUGUCCUCUCAGGGGCAUGUCUCCAUCAGGAGUUGUGACAAUGCCAGUCUCCAAGCCUGGUUCACUUACAUCAGGUUUUUUGCAGUUGUAAAAUUUAAUUUGAAUGCUUUGUGACAACAAAACCAUUGUUUUAAUAUUCAAAAUGUAAUAUCAAGGUCAACCAAAAAAUUAAAUAUACGAGACUGGGCUGUUGUGUGAAGAUGGAAACGCGGCUGCCCCAGAAACAUGCCUGGAACUAUUCUCCACGUCUAUCACCCCACAGUUCUAAUGAGGAGACAUUAUUGUUAUCUUUUAUUUGAAUAUUUAGUACUAACAUACAAUGAUAUUGGCCUGCGAUUAUGUCAGACUGGGACUGUUCCCAGUUCCCGGUUGAUAAUGCUGCUUUCUGUUAACAUAGGAGAGGGUUAGGGUUAGUACGGGUUACCUACUAGCUAACCCUAACCCAUAGGAGAGGGUUAGGGUUACCUAUCUGCACAGGUUACCUGUUGCCUAACCCUAACCCAUAGGAGAGGGGAUGAGAUUGAAUCUAAAGGCCUUCUGUUUCUCAGUUCCUCACCCCUCUUCUAACCUACUCUUCCUUAAACCUCUCUCUCCCCUUGACUUGUCUCUCACACUUGCCCUCUUUUCAUCCUCCAUCUUCAAACCCUCUCCUCCAUCUCUAUUAAUUAUUGGGAAUUUGAAUCAUUGGGGAAGGUGGAGUCAAAUAUAUUAUGAACAUCCAUAUAGUGUACUGUGUAGUGGAUGUAGUUUUAGCAAUGUGACCAGGCUGGGUAAGCAUGCAGGCUUUGCCCUCAUGGUAGACUGGGCCGGUUGUUACAAUGUCUAAGAGUAUAGUGUGCAGCUAUAUGGGUUUUCUGCAUCUGGACAAUAUCUUUAUGAUCCCCACCAUUUGUUAUAUUUUUUAUCUUUAUGUACAAUGUCCAGGAGCCCCCACAUUUUUUUAAGAAAAAAAUUAUAAUAACUAAAUGUGCUUCCCAUGUAACUUUAAAUAAACACGAUUUUAAAAUAAA